AGAAAGGGAAUGGGACAGACAAGAGACAGAGGUAGACAGAGGUGUGACUGAGUGGAAGACAGAGUCAGGGAAGCUAAUAGCGAGCUGGUCCUUCCAAUUUAUGUCUAGAAACACAGAAAAAAGGCAAACUAGCGGUAGAAUUUCGUGCGUAAAAAGAGAGUAGGCUGCCCUCUAUAUUCUUAAGUUUUACAACACUUCUCUUCCAGGCUGAACAGUUAUUCGGAGGUAGUGUCCUCUGUGGAGUUUUCUUUGUCUCCGCAAGUGACACUAAAGAGCACGGAUUACAAUGAUAAGGAUUUCAGAGGUUUGGGUCACCUCGGUGGCCAUUUCUCUGGUGGUUAAGGGGGUUCUUGGAGGUUAUGGGAUGAGUAUGUUUGCUGCCCAGUCGUCCCCUCCAGACCCAUGCUAUGAUGAGAACGGCAACCCCCGGAGGUGCAUCCCCGAUUUCGUGAACUCUGCUUUCGGGAAGGACGUGCGCGUCUCCAGCACCUGUGGAACCCCGGCUUCAAGGUAUUGCGUCGUGGCCGAGAAGGGUGAGGAGAGGACUAGGGAUUGCCACACCUGCGAUGCAGGGGACCCAAAGAAGACUCAUCCACCCGCGUAUUUAACUGAUCUCAACAACCCUCAUAACCUCACCUGCUGGCAGUCAGAAAACUAUGUCCAGUAUCCUCAGAACGUCACGCUCACUUUGUCUUUGGGUAAAAAAUUUGAGGUCACCUAUGUGAGCUUGCAGUUCUGUUCACCCCGACCCGAAUCUAUGGUUAUCUUCAAGUCAAUGGACUAUGGCAAAUCCUGGGUUCCUUUCCAAUUCUACUCUACCCAGUGUAAGAAGAUGUAUAACAAGCAGAAUAAGGCGGCAAUUACCAAGCAGAACGAACAAGAGGCGAUUUGCACAGACUCUCACACGGACAUGCACCCGCUGACAGGUGGGCUCAUUGCGUUCAGCACCUUGGAUGGCAGACCUUCGGCGCACGACUUCGACAACUCUCCGGUGCUGCAGGACUGGGUGACAGCCACCGACAUCAAGGUGGCGUUCAGCCGACUGCACACGUUUGGGGAUGAGAACGAGGACGACUCGGAGCUGGCUAGAGAUUCCUACUUUUACGCAGUAUCAGACCUGCAGGUUGGCGGGCGGUGCAAGUGCAACGGCCACGCUUCAAAGUGCGUAAAAGAUAGGGAAGGAAACCUGGUAUGCGAGUGCAAGCACCACACCGCGGGGCCAGAGUGUGACAGGUGCAAACCUUUCCAUUAUGACCGUCCUUGGCAGCGCGCAACCGCAAGAGAGGCAAACGAAUGUGUUGCCUGCCACUGUAACCUGCACGCCCGGCGCUGUCGUUUCAACAUGGAGCUGUACAAGCUGUCUGGGCGGAGGAGCGGCGGAGUCUGUCUCAACUGCCGCCACAACACCGCCGGACGCCACUGCCACUACUGUAAGGAGGGCUUCUUCCGGGACAUGUCCAAGGCCAUCUCCCACAGGAGGGCUUGCAAAGCGUGUGAUUGUCAUCCAGUUGGCGCAGCCGGCAAGACCUGCAACCAAACCACCGGCCAGUGUCCCUGCAAGGACGGCGUGACCGGCAUCACCUGCAACCGCUGUGCCAAGGGCUACCAGCAGAGCCGCUCUCCUAUCGCCCCCUGCAUAAAGAUUCCAGUUGCAUCGCCCACCUCCACCUAUACCAGCUCUGAAGAGCCCUUAGAUUGUGAUUCUCACUGCAAAGCAUCCAAGGGCAAGCUGAAGAUCAACAUGAAGAAGUACUGCAAGAAAGACUAUGCUGUCCAAGUGCACGUCCUCAAAGGAGACAAGGCAGGGGAGUGGUGGAAGUUUACCGUGAACAUCAUCUCCGUCUACAAGCAAGGUGAACAACGCAUCCGGCGCGGUGACCAGCUCCUGUGGGUGCGUGCCAAGGACGUGGCCUGCAAGUGCCCCAAGAUCAAGCUUGGCAGGAAGUACCUGCUGCUGGGCACGGAUGACGACUCCCCCGGGCAGAGUGGCGUGGUGGCGGACAAGGGCAGCCUGCUCAUCCCCUGGAAGGACCUGUGGGGCCGGAGACUGAGGAAGUUCCAACAGCGCGACAAGAGGGGCAAGUGUUAAGAGGAGCCAGAGAGGAGAGAAAGAGAGGGGGCUCACCUCGGGUCUGAGGAACACAGGAGGAGGAGAAAGAAAGAGGAAACACCAGAGGGAGAGAGGAAAGAGGGAGAGGUGAAGUGAACAGAGAGAGAGAGAGAGAAAGUGACUGAGUGCUGCUGCUUUGAGUGGAAGCAAAAAGAGAAUAUUAGUUUUAGAAACAUAUGUGUGAAGGAGCUUUUUUUACAGUUGUUGUUCUGAUUGUCCUUCAAGGUUUGUUUCGUUGUGGAAUUGCAGAGUUUGCACCUAAUAUUUCAGAUAAGUUACUUAUUUUUGUUUUAUUCAUGAUACCAUUAUUUUUAUAUUUCCAGUUCAUUUCUACAGAACAUCAGAAAAAAAUCUACUGUAUCACAUAUCUGUGUUUAAA